AGGCAGUCGCCUAGUCUAGGGGUAUGACGGAAGUUACGUGGCUUGUGUCGGCUGGACUAAAAACGUGAUACGGAGUGUCGCAAAAGAGCAAAAUCAGGAUCUGCAAGACUAUCACAUAGACAGGCAAUACAAUUAUAAACCUAAACAAAUGAUAUUCAUCGAUAAAAGCGGUAGCCAUACUGGGACAAGGUUACGCCUAAAGGAGUACCUCCGGUUUAUUUUAAGCGAUUUCAUCGUGAUGUUGUUAGGCUACACCUUAAAUGGUGUUAUAUAUUGCGAGGUGUACUAUGAGACUAUGGAUGCCGCGUUGUUUCAAGGGUUUAUUGAGAAGUUGUUGCCCUUCUGUGGCAGAUACCUAGAGCCUAAGCCUGUCGUAUUUCUGGAUAAUGCCUCCUUCCCUUCAUCUCUAAAGCCUUAA